UUGAGAUUGGACUCUAUCACGCCUUCAUUAUUAGUCUAAAAUGCUUUAGUACCUUAUUAGCGUACACUGUCAUUCUUCUGUGCCGUCAGUCAAAGAUCAGUCACUUGGGAUACGUUAAGUUCAGGAGUAGAAAGUGAGCAGCUCAACUGAAGGCCCAAGAUGCCAGAGCAGAGCAACGACUACCGUGUGGUGGUGUUCGGAGCUGGGGGUGUGGGGAAGAGUUCGCUGGUGCUUCGUUUUGUGAAAGGCACUUUCCGGGACACUUACAUUCCAACAGUGGAGGACACCUACCGGCAGGUGAUUAGCUGUGACAAGAGCGUCUGCACCCUGCAGAUCACAGACACAACUGGUAGCCACCAGUUUCCCGCCAUGCAGCGUUUGUCCAUCUCCAAGGGCCACGCCUUCAUCCUGGUCUACUCCAUCACUAGUAAGCAGUCCUUGGAAGAAUUAAAACCCAUAUACCAGCAGAUCCUCGCUAUCAAGGGCAACAUGGAGAACAUCCCCAUCAUGCUGGUGGGGAACAAGAGUGAUGAGACUCAACGGGAAGUGAAGAACGAUGACGGAGAAGCCCAAGCCAAAACCUGGAAAUGUGCUUUCAUGGAGACCUCAGCUAAGACUAACCAUAAUGUCACUGAGCUCUUUCAGGAGCUUCUCAAUCUGGAGAAAAAGAGAAAUAUGAGCUUGAACAUCGAUGGCAAGCAUUCUGGGAAGCAAAGUAGGGCUGAUAAGCUAAAGGGUAAAUGCAGCGUCAUGUAGACUACAUGUCAUGGAGAAAGGGAAAACAGUGAUAUAAAUUGGAUAUGGAUUGAUAACAUAACAAAGGAACUGAGACAAGAAUGGUGAGCAAAUGAAUGGAGAUGUGUUAUUUGACAUUUCAUGCACAUUCCUGGAACAAGCAUUUCUCUGACACCUCAGAUUUCAUCCUUCACCAUCAGUAUUGGCCUUAACAAGCACUGGCCCAUUCAUGUUGCCUUUUCUGUUUCUAGUACAGUGCAUCGCCACCAUCUCUUGCAAUGUUUAUAUUCUACAUCAAGAGAUUGCUGAAAAACACUCAGUUUUAGACAGCAAUCAGUUGCUCAGUGCAACAGCCUAGAAGCCCUUUCGAGUUCAUAAUACUAACAUUCUGCUUUUAAAAAAUGGUUACAGUACUAUUUUAAAUGAGAGUCAGGAGAGUCAGGCUUUAAAUUGCCAAUGUGCAGGCCAACACUGAAUCUCCAUGUGCAGAACUCUGUAGAAAGCUCUGCAAAGUUAUUGCAUUUUUAUAUUUUGAAGUAUAAUUUGAUUAUGCUUUCAGCUACUAUACCUCAAAGUACAGUACUCUCAGAUCCAGUUAAUACAUUUUCAAAUGUUUAAAUCUAUUCUGCAUUACACAUAUUCUGCAAAAAUCAAGGAAAAAAAAAAAAAAAAAAAAGGCAGCAGAUUCCGUCUGGGCCUGCUGAUGAGGUCCCAAACAUAUGACUCAUGAUUUGCAUAUGUAGCAACAAAAAAUAGUCUAUAGCUGUGAAUGAAUGGCAUUUGAAUACACAUUUAUUUGUUUUUCAUAACCUUUGUUUUGUACAUUUGUUGAAAGGCUUUUGUGUGAGCCGAACCACCAUUUUUGUAACUCAUGGCAUAUUUGCUGAUAAACACCACAUUUUCCAUCAUGUUGAGAAAAUAGUACAAUAUGGUAAAGUUAUAAAGGUAGACAAAUCACCCUUUAAUAAUGUGUUUCAGGUUUUGUAUAAACCAACGUUUGAUUGUUACCCUGAUGAUUACAUGUUGUCUUUACUAAUAUCUUAAAUAAUGCCAGCCAAUAUUUAAGACAAUCAUUUGUUACACAUAAACAAAUUGAUAGGGAAAUAAGUUACUUUAUUAUGCUUUACAAAAUGAUUACCUUGAUUUAUUGUACUGACAUCAAGGCAGUCCUCAAAAAAUACAGACACUUCAUAUUCCAUGCAGUCAUCUGUAAACUAACAAGCACUCAGUCGUCAUCAUUGUCACUUCUGGCAUUCAGCCCCUCCAAAUUGAGACACUUAUGGCCUCCUUUAUACCAUAAUUUGGAGUGGGCCUGAUUCUCUGUCUUCAUUUUCUCAUUUUUCUCAAGAUGAACUGCUUAUUUUGAAAGUAUGAUUGAGACAAUAGCAAAUGUGGCUCUCACAAAGUCAAACAGGAAAUUAAUGCAAAUGCGUUUGAAAUGAAUGCAUUUGCGGGAGUUGUCUCUUGGCAGGGUAAAACUAAAUUAAGAGAAAAGUGUGACUUUCCACAAGCAACACAAACAAGUCUUCUCAAACUGUUUAUUGGAGACCAGUGUAUACACAGAAGAUUCGAUAUGGUAACCUGAAGACAGACAUUUCAUAUUCAAACAUUUCAACUGUUUUCCAGAUUUAGCCAUUUUCAUUUACGUCUUGAAAAUCACCUUAAAGAAUCAGACUUAACAGUUGCUGGAAACAUUUGAAUUUUGACCUAAAACUGAUGGAUUCAGUUUAACCUGUAUAUUUUGUGUCUUAAAUGCCCCAAUACCUGAGGAAACCAGUCCUACCAACAAAUUUCAAAUUCAGUAAGUGAAUGCAAUCAAAUUGCAGAUCAGCCUUUGGGAUAAGAAUGGUACCUCUGGUAUCAAAAAGGGUCUUGAUUGUAUUUCUUUUUUUUUUUUUUAACCAGCUAAAUGCCUUGAACACAUGAUGUGAAUGUUCUCCACAAGAGCCCCUUUAAUAUGUUUUCAGGUUGUGCAACUUACCACUAAGUAAAGGCAGACAGCAUUGUGUUAUCCAUGUUGGGCUGGUUUGCUUAUAAAAUACAUGUAGUAUAUAUAAAGUUAGUUUUUAAAAUGAACAGGGUACAGAAGAUGCGAGUAGAAGAAAGGAGACUUUACACAACAGCACCUACAUCUCAGAAAGGGAUAGUUCACCCAAAAAUUUAAAUUCUUUCAUCAUUUACUCACCCUAAUGCCAUCCCAGAUGUGUAUGACUUUUUCUUCAGCAGAACACAAAGAUUUUUAGAAGAAUAUUUCAGCUCUGUAGGUCCAUACAAUGCAAAUGAAUGGUGACCACAAUUUUGAAGCUCCAAAAGGACAUAAGGCAGCAUAAAAGUAAUCCAUACGACUCCAGUGGUUAAAUCCAUAUCUUCAGAAGCGAUACAAGUAUGGAUGAGAAACACACCAAACUUUAAGUACAUCUUUACUGUCUAUCUCCACAUUCACUUUCACAUUCUUCUUCUUUUGUCUUUGGCAAUUUGCAUUCACCAUGCCGCCACCAACUGGGCAGGGAGGAGAAUUUAUGGUAAAAAAAGGAUCUGUUUCUCAUUGACACUUAUCCUAUCGCUUCUGAAGACAUAGAUUUAACCAGUGGAGUCGUAUGGAUUACUUUGUGCUUUUGGAUCUUUUAAAUUUUGGUACCCUUUCACUUGCAUUGUGAGGAUCUACAGAGCUGAGAUAUUCUUCUAAAAAUCUUC